AUGUCUUCCCAUUCCGAUGUCGAGAAGGGCGCGGGCGUCCGAGACUCUUUUGCUUCCGUCCAACAACCGCACGAUUCCUACGUCGCACAUCAAGGAGCAUUUCCCCCGCGGUACACCGAAGCCGUGAACGACGAGAUGCGACGGUUUCCCGAACUGCAAGGCCAGACAGGCAAUCGAGAGCCCCUCCAGUACGACGAGCCGGCCAAGCGUGACAAGCGACGGUCAGGGCUGUACUGGGCACUUUUGGCCCUCAUCAUUCUCUGCUUCGCGGCGUCCAUUGGCACUGGUCUCGGUUUCUACCUCACUCGCAACAAGUCCGCAGAGGGCAAUGGCCAGGUAAGUGUCACAACGACCACCACCACCCACCGCUCGACACAUCCACCAGAGACUGAGACCCUAACGCAGACAUCCCUCCAGACGCGAGACGUCGAGACGACAGUCACAAUCUACACCACCCUCUCCGCUUCCACGACCUCGACAUCUUCGUCCCCGGCAACCGUCACCCACACGGUCUUCCAGACCCUCUCUGCGUCCCCAUCGACAAGCACACCCCAAACAUCCACCGUCACCGCCGUCGUCACCCAAUCCCCCCCGGAAACCCCGACCGUCACCGUCACCUCCACCACAACCCUCGCAGCCGGCGGCGGCGGGGCCAUCGCUCCCUCGCCACCCACGACCCUCUCCGCAGUGACAGUGACACCUUCUCCACCCCCCAACGCCGCAGAGCAAGCCGCCCGCUCCAGCAUCGCAGCCGAGCUCUCCCGCCUCGCCCAGAACCUCACCCCCUCGGCAAUCCCUUCGGAUUCCACCUGGCUCGCCUCGACUUCCACGUCCACGUCCACAACGAUUCUGAUGACGACUCCCGAGGCCGCGCCGGCCACGACGACGCAGAGCGUGCUGCCGACGCACACGGGCUGGGUGGGGAGGUGUGGCGUGCCCGGCGAAUCGUGCUAG